CCAUCACAAAGUUCAGAUUUGAACCCCAUUGAGCACGUCUGGCAUGCCCUAAAAGCCAAUGUUCAAGAGAGAAAGGCCUCUAUAAACAAUGUUGAAGAGCUCAAGACUUGUAUUCUUCAGGAGUGGGAGAGACUUGACCCAGAACUUCUUUGUACUCUUGUAGCAAGUAUGCUGGAUAGAGUUCAAGCAGUUAUAAAAGCUUGUGGUGACCACACA